AGUCCCAAGUAUCGGAUCAACCGUGCUGUGUUUCGACCGACUUUCACGGAUCGUGACGGGAAGUGUGUACGCUCUCUUUCUCUCGUGAAUUGUGUGAUCUUGUUCUAGGAUAACUGUUUCUGAACUUGACAUCGACGACGACGACGACGACGACGCAGGAGCAGUAUUCGCAGAGUAGGGUGGUAGUGGGUGCGUGCUGGGAAGAAAAUACAAAUAUCCGCAUAUCAGUGAAAAUGUAGUUAAAGAGCAGUGUAUAUCCUCAUAUCCACGAGCGAGAGGAAAUUCUAGCAGAUGUGAUAAGUGGGAAGCUGCAAAAUAUAAUAUUCCACGCGUGGAGGAUUCGCUUUAUGUUGUUGUUGUUGUUGUCGGGGAAAGUGGAAAAGCUUCGGAAAGGAAAUUAUAUUUUUCUGUGUGCGCGAAAAUUCCAACCCCGAGGAUAUACGUUUCCGGCGAAGAAAGAAGGAAGUAUAUGGAGGAUCGAAUUUCGCACGGCUUGUUGUGAAGAAUAACCCAAUUCGUUGUACGCGCGCGAUGAAUAAAUGGUGAAGGGAAAUUUGCAUACAGUGUGAUUAUUCAAUUUCCGAGAAGAUCCCCGAAAAAUACGAGAUUUUCCUCGUUCGAGUUGUUGCUUCGAGACAGGUGAAACGGAAACAUGAGCCAAUUUGCGACAGUGACAGUUGCCGACUGGCAGCAGCGAAAUUGCGGUGUUGGAUUUCGAUGUCGACGAUGCAAUUAAAGGCAUUUAGCAGCAGUUAUAUUUUCAUUCCGAUAAUCAAAAAGUGUACCAGUGAUCAAAAGUGGGGCUUAGUAGUUAUUAAGUCUAUCCCGUUCUGCCGUUCAGAUUUCCAAAAAUAUAAAGUGCAUACACCCACGUGAGCUGCACGCGAGUUUUUGCGCCAGGUUGUAGCUGGCGGUCGGAGUGAAUAAACCCGGCAGUGUAUUUAUUUAAAUUAUUUAUUUAAAAUUUAAUUUAUCAAUUUACGAUGAUGACCUCGACGAUGCUGGUAGUGUACUUACUGGCGCUUACGGUGGGGCUUAAUGUGUUAACUGUUGCUGAUGGCACCAUGCUAGAAGGACUGGUGGCACCCAUAGAAGUGAUCGAGGAGUGGGGCUGCUACGACACCGAAAUACGGCUAACGUGUGGCAAUCUCGAAUCCAGGGUAGCGAUACUGGAGGCCAAAUUCACACCUCGGUGUGCCGAGGACCGACCAGAGGAAUGUGUGCACGUCGACGAGAACAGUGUGACGCAUUCAUUCGCCUCGCAGAGGGUGGACAAGUUGACCCUGGAGGAGAAGGAGGCCGGCCAGCGGUUCCUGCAAACGUUGCGGCGCAACCAUGAGCACGAGAAAUCCCACGACGAGACUGUACCGUCGAUCGGAGCGGUCCACUCGGCCAACGACAACAGCGACGGCAGCGGCUCGGCACCGGUCAGCGCUCGAACGGUGAAAGACAAGCGUAGCUCGCUGCGGGCCACUUUGGAGCAUUUGAUUGUGCGGUACCUGCGACGGAUCACCAGCAGCGGGGAGGACGAGGAAGACGACGAGAGGGGCGGAUACGAGGCGUCUUCGGUGCGCUACCGCCGUCAGGUAGCGACAGCCGAUGUCAACGGGACCGAGCUCGGUGGCGGUGGUGACAAUUCUACGGAAGUGGCUGGGAAUGAGGGACCGGACAGCUCGGUGGAGAUUACAUUGCUUACCAAUGACAGCGAUAGUAGUGGAAACGGUAGUGCUAUGAUGGGUGAUUCUAGUGAGAUUACUGUGCCACCUCCGUCGGAAGUUGGCGCGAUGGUAGGGAGUGGUAGUGCAGUGGAAAAUGUCAACGGCGGGUUGCCAUUCGGCACCUCGGUGUCAACCGUUGAAGAGAAAAGUUCUAAAAUAGUAGCAGAUAGUGGUGAACGACCGGUUUGGAAAGUGUCACGAAAGCAUAAAUCUAAUAGCAAGAAGGAAUGUGGCAGCAUUCGCAAGCGGAUUGCCCAGCUGGAUCGAUUCGAGUUGGAGAAAUCAAUGCUGAACGAUUCCUUCCGGGAGUACAACAUCCGAAGUGCGCUCAACUACAGAUGUUCCGGCAAGAACCACUGCAGCUUUGUGUUCUCUCAGGACCACCCGUUUUCCGUGGUGUGGAAGGAGGGAACGGUGCGGGUGAAAUACAUCUGCAUGGACGAUUUCCGCAUCAGCAAGUACUGCGAUGAGCACUUAAUUAUCGGCAACGAAGACCAAUGGGAACGGCGCCGGUCCAACGAGGAACGGGACGUUUCCGGCGAUGCCACAACCGAGGAUAACGAGUCACCAUCGCAACAGCAGCAGCAGCAUCAUCCUGAUGACACUCCUAGCGCCGGUACGACCACCACAGCCGGUAGAAAUUAUUACAAUGAUAACACUAACGAUCCGGUUGGUUUCGCCGAGGACCGACGGCAACGAAACCAGUGGAGCUACGACGGCGAUGGCGAUGGGGAUGACGAUAGCGACUACGAUGGCGUCGACUACGACGAUGGACCUAGGGGGGAACCGCGGGCGGAAGCAUUGCAGCAGCAGCCGCUGGUUCAGCAGAUGCAUUCGUUUCACAAUUUGAAAAUACUGAAAUCCUUCCCCAGCCAGGAAGCACCGAUUAACGAGACGGAACACCAGAGGAAACUGGAAGCGGAAGCAGCCUACCGGAAGCGACAGAAAGUCUUCUCCCAGGACUUCCGGGUGUUGAAGAUCCUCCCGAGCGACCUGGACGAAAUCGAGGACAUCAAACAGGUUGGCAACGAGUACUUUUUCAAAAAGGGCAUCGAAGUGAUUGACGAAUCGGAGAACGAAAUCGUUCCCGAUGAGGGUGAACGCCAACCUUCGAUCAACGAGGCCAACAACCAGUUCACGGAAACGCUGGACAUCGUGGUCCUUCCACCACCAACCAAAGAUGCCGAUGUUUACGAAAGCGAUGUCGACGCUUCUCCGACGACGAUAGGUGGUGGAGGUGGUGGUGAAGGCGAUGGAACCACUAUCAAUCUGGUAGAGUUGAUUACUCCUACCAUGGUAACGCGAAUGCAAGUCACUAGUCAAACGCAGGAAUUCCUCGACGUACACAUUCGAUCAACGGCGGGCAUUCCGGUCGAGGUCACUCGAAGUGGUGAAAUCAAUGCAACCGGAGUGAUGACGACCACUUUGGGCUCCGUCGAACGAGAGGGUAUUUUGGAGCGAUACCCCGAUGCAGAAUCGAAUGAAGUGGAAGAGGAUGCUCGAGCAAACAACAGCAGCCCACCGGAGGAUGGUUUCAGCUUCAACAACAGUACCUUCAGAAAAAUGCAGAAAGCAGUUCUGGAGGAAAUCAAUGCAGCCCAGAAUGGGGACGGAGGAGGUGGUGCCUAUCCGGGCAACUACGACGAUGAUGACGAGGAUGAUUUCGAGGACGAGGACGAUGAUAUUGAUGACUUCGACGAUAGCGAGAGGAGGAGUCACAAAAAGUAUAUCAGUAUUCAGCGAACGCUUCUAAAGCACCCCUUGCGCCAGGGCUUCCUGAUGACGCCCGGCUAUCCCAAGUACUACAUCGGCGACAGUGUCUGCCGGUGGACGCUGUAUGCCCAGCGGCAUCAGAAAAUUAAGUUAACCAUCCUAGAUUUAGCACUGCGGUUUGAUGAACCGUGUAGAGAUUACGUUGAAAUCAGGGAUCUGGAAACGAAUCAGACCCUGUUCAGCAGUUGCUCCGAAAGUACACGACCAAUAGUGUUGGUCAGCGUACGGGAGAGGGUGGAGAUCAACGUGCGAACGACAACACAAGUGGCCUACCCGAAACGGGGCGUGCUGAUACACUAUUCAGCGCUCGGCUGCGAGUUGCCGUCGCCGAUUCCGCCGCACAUGACGCUGGUCCGUCGUAGCGAGUACCGAGCAAAGUACGUCUGUGAUCCCUUGUAUGUGUUUCCCGACACAGCUGAGCCCAGUCGUGAACUAGUCUGCACCGCCAAGCACACGUGGAACCGACCGUUGCCGGCCUGUGUAGAAAAACGUGCCACUGAAGGAAGUGGUCUAGUGUCCCAUUACGAGCAAAAGCGUAAAAUAAGUGAUUCUGAAACCAUGUCUGAUAACAAAGCAGACACUGUUUAUGACAUCGUGAUUCCGUCAAUGAUAAUCGCUGCCCUAUUUAUUGUUAAUGGCAUCGUAUUCGCGGUCAUAAUGCGCUACAGGAACAAAAGAAAACAACGCCUUGAACUAGACAGUAAGGAACUAGCUGAACUGUAAAGCAUCCCAUCACUUCCCGCAAUCAACCAAACGAAAAGUUACAUAACAAACAAACAGAACAAAGCAUGAACGAAUACUCAAAACAAUGAUAAUGCAUGUAGAAGAACAAUGGAGUCAUUAUAGGAAUGGGUAUGGAAGAAUGAAAGCAAACCAUCAUCAACCGUCGCCAUCAUAAUUAUGCGAGGAUAACUUUCGCCAUCACAUCCGUCACGUGCUAAAAUGGUAGUGCAUUUCGAAAACCGAGUACAGAAUAAUGUCGUACUGCUGUCUCUCCAUCUUGUCUGUAUGUACAUCAAUCUUAUUGUACCCUUUACACGUGUGUCACACCACCUAAUGCAACAAAAGACAUGCCCGCCGCUUCUCAAGGGCAAGGACGCCAUCAUCUGCAGCAGCAGCAGCAGCAGUAACCAGCAACCCACACAAAUAAAUCAUAUCAUCAACUCAUCUUCAUUAUCAUGGCCACUGGAGCAUCAUCAUCGUCAUCAUCGUCAUCAUAGAUGAUUGAUGAUGAGAGUAAGGAAACCCAACAUUAUCAUCGCCGUUAAAGGUAAGUCUAAUCCACAGUUCAAUUAUUGGAAGAAGGAUUCAAAAUGCGCUCAGUUCAAGAGUCAAAGCCAGAUAUUUUGUCGCUCUAAGAAACAAUGGAAAAAAAUCGUCGUAGUUGAAUAGCUUAUAGAAUUCGAGCAAACAAAUAUUAGAAAACUCUAUACAUACACACACACACACAUACACGGUAACUAUUUUGCACGCUGAAAAAUUAUUAUAUACAAACUACAAAUCUCUUAUAUAGCAUUCAACACAAAAAAAACAAUGGUUAUCGUGAGAGAAACAAGAUAUAAAACGAACAAAAAAAAUAUUUAUAUUAAGCAACUGCUAACGAAUUUUGAUAACUUAUUUCCUCGAUAUUUUUUGAGUCCCGAAAAUAUUUUCUUACUUUUCCGCUUUGAAAAUGCCAGGAAAACUCAAUCUAAAAAUUAGUACUCGAAAGUCGCAGCUUGGAUCACACCGGGUAAUAUGUAAUAUUUUCUAAAAUUAUACAAAUAUAUUCAAAGCAAAACGAGCAAAAAAAAAAUUGCUAACUUGAUAGUUCCAUGUUAGAGUAUCGAUGUAUAUUUUCCAAUCUAAGUUCUGUAGAAAAAAACAAAACAUAAACGAACCACCAUUCUGGAAAAUAGAACGAAGAAAAGCAAAGGGCGUUUUGAAACCCAAGAAUGCAAAAGUGACUGCUAAAACAACACAAAACAAAGUAAGCCAAAGAUUAGAUGUUAAACGCGCCUAUAAUAUGCAGCCUGCUUUGAUGAGGAAGGUAGAGAACAAUUGAAAGUAACUUACCACACUGAAAAGAAAAUCAACAUGUGCUUUAAAGGAGGAAAAUACCGAGGAAAUUUAACGCUAUAACCAAAUUGUAUGGAGAAAAAAAAACCUGUGGAACUGAUGAGGGAAUGGAAUCCGGAACGAUGCAGCUGGCCAAGUGAAUUGUGAUUGAAAACAAACAGAGACACGACGAGAAGGUGUGAUAGGAUGAGGAUUUUUAUCAUUUAGUUUGUGGGCCCGUUCGCACGUGCGAUGCAAAAACAAAACUAACGGAAAUGCUAACAAAAAUUGAACUAAUAAUGUAUUUAAACGGAAGAACAAAGCCGUAUGUGCUGUAAAAAAAAUCACGUUGGUGGGAUUUUCCCGCAAUGGGGACAUCUCAUUUCGAAGACGAAUCUAAUUUUCGAUUAUUCAAUUUGUUUUCUUUUUCGUUUAAGAUUUCCACGCUGGGAGAAUGUGAAGUGGGAAACGAUUUCUUUCUUUCAUAAAUCCGUUAUUUUCUUAAUUUUUUAAGGAAAUAUUUAUUUGCCGAAUCAAACAUUGUACUUCCAUGCCGAAAAAUAAAGUGAAACAA